AUGAUGAUGGAUUUGAAGAGGAAAGCUAUGGACUCGGCGAUGGUGCCUUUUAAAAGACCUAGACAAGAGUUGGUUGUUUCUGGAAUUCAUUACACAAGUCAGAUCAUCCAGUCUGGUCCUAAAAGAACAUCAAACUUGCUGGCACCAAUCAUGCUGUUGACUGGACAUGAAGGGGAUAUCUUUUGUGGCAAGUUCUCUCCAGAUGGUCAAUAUGUAGCCUCUGCUGGAUUUGAUAGAUUGAUAUAUUUCUGGACUGUCUAUGGUGAGUGUGAAAACAUUGCAGUGUUGAAAGGACACACAGGAGCUGUCAUGGAAAUACAGUUCUCCACAGAUGGAAGCAUGCUGUUUUCUGCAUCAACCGACAAGACAAUUGCUGUCUGGGAUAUCGAAACUGGGGAUCGGAUGCGCAAGUUGAAAGGUCAUCAGACAUUUGUGAAUACUGUAAGUGCUGCACGCAGGGGCCCACAACUCUUAUGCAGUGGCAGUGAUGAUGGCACAGUUAAGAUCUGGGAUGCACGCAAGAAAGGCGCAAUAAACACAUUCCAGUGCACAUAUCAAGUAACAGCCGUCACAUUCACUGACACAGCAGAACAGAUCAUCUCUGGAGGCAUUGACAAUGAACUAAAGGUGUGGGAUCUGAGGAAAAAUGCUAUCCUGUACAAAAUGAGAGGACACUCCGACACAGUCACAGGCUUAGAAAUCAGCCCAGAAGGUUCCUAUCUUUUAUCCAACUCCAUGGACAAUACAUUGCGCAUUUGGGAUGUGAGGCCAUUCGCACCGCAAGAGAGGUGUGUUAAAAUCAUGUCAGGUCACCAGCACACAUUUGAAAAGAAUUUGUUACGGUGUGCGUGGUCACCUGAUGGCAGUCGAGUGGCAGCUGGUUCAGGGGAUAGAUUUGUGUACGUGUGGGACACCACAUCACGGAGGGUCAUGUACAAACUGCCUGGUCAUGCUGGAUCUGUCAAUGAGGUCGACUUUCACCCAAAUGAACCAAUAAUUCUGUCAUGUUCCAGUGACAAAAAGAUAUACUUGGGAGAACUGGACUGA